GUAGUCGCUUUGGUCGGCCUCCACUCACGCUGCAACGUUGUGUCCGCCGGUAUCGAGUCCAAGGGCGCCUCCAUCCAAACAAGUGCGGAGCGCUACGCCGAAGAUGUCAAGAGAUUUCUGAGGUCGCACAGGACGGUCGACGAAGAUGACGAGGACGAAGAGAGAGGGUUCUUUGGUGCUGUUGAAAAGGCCGCCGCUACGGCCAAGUUUCCAGUGUGGCUAAGCAAGGGGAAGUCUCCGAAUGAGGUGGCCAAGAAACUGGGGAUGAGUGGCGUUUACCCGGUGACGGAUCACAAGAUGUGGUCCGUUCUGAAGAACUACAAGGCACAGUACGAUAAACGCUUCCCUCCGUACCCAUAG